AAGGAACUAAUAAAAAACUCUGAUUUCAGCUGUGAAGUGCAACCCGAACCCAACAGUGAUAAAAACACUGGCCGCGUUGGGCGCGAGCUUCGACUGCGCCUCCAAGCAAGAAAUAGUGCAAGUCAUGGCGUACGGGGUACCAGCCGAUAGGAUAAUCUUCGCUAACCCCAUAAAGACCCCCUGCCAGAUCAGGUACGCCCAGAAGGUCGGCGUCUCGAAAAUGACCGUCGACAGCAUGUGGGAGCUGAGGAAAAUCAAGGAGUUUUACCCGGAAGCCAAGGUAAUUAUCCGUUUCCGAUGCGACGCUUUGGUGUCCGACAUUUACCUUGGCCAGAAGUUCGGCUGUGAUCCAGACGAGGAGGCCAAGCUCCUGAUCCGCGGCUGCCGGGACCUCGGCCUGGACCUCCACGGCUUCAGCUUCCACGUGGGCAGCCCCUGCGGCGAAGUCCUCGCCCUCAGCCGCGGCAUCGGGCUGUGCAAGGGCCUCAUCGACACAGCCCGCGACUACGGCUUCUACAACGUCCAGCUGAUCGACAUCGGCGGCGGCGUCCCCGGAGAGGCCGACUUUGUCCUCGACGAGGUAUAUUCCCACUUCAAGACCCUCCGCCGCGUCUUCCUCCUCCGGGACCUGCUCUUCGAGUACCGGCACCUCAUUUUCUGGUUCCCCGAGCACUACCGCACCAACUGGCGCUACCGCAGGACCACCUCCUCCACCAGUCGGCGCACCGUCACCACCACCUACAGGAGCACCAUGGCCCUCCCGUGGCGCCCGUAGUUUUUCUCUCCCCUUCCCGAAAUUCGUUUUAUCGUUUCGCUCUGCUUUUUUUUAGACGCUAUACUUAUUUUUGCCCAUCUUAUAUCGCGAGGAGUCUUGGCUUUCAGAUAAACGAGAUUUUUCCUCUUCUUCCACACUUGAGCAAGUGUUUCUUUCUCGGGAUUUUCCUCCUCUGCGAGAAAAAAAAAUUGUUUAUCGAUUAGAGAACGAUUAAUCAUUUUUU